AUGGCUUCGAAUCUUUCUACACGAGCGGUCAGGUCCGCCUGCGCCGCGUCUAAGGCUUCUCCUCGCUCCCUGUCUUCAAUUAUUCCCCGUCGCUCCUUCGCCACCAACCCGGAGACUUCAGCCGAGCAAGAAGACCAACCCCGAUGGUCGUACACUCCCCCGAAGACGAAGGCGCCCUUCAGCAUGCGCAUGCACUCGCAGCGUCCUUCCUUCCACAAUAAUUCAAACCCGGAAACUCUUGACAAGUUCUACAUCCGCAUGCUGGGCAAUGAGGGUGACAAGCUUCUCUCGGAGGAAGUUAAGUGGUUGGCUGUGACACACAAGAGCUUCGACCAAGGACGUCGUGGAUUCAACGAUCGAUUGGCCUUCCUAGGAAAACGCAUCGUGCAAUUGCAGACUUCGCUCGCUCUCGCACAGAGUGCCAAGAUUACAACCGAUGCACCAAAGGCCGAUCAGCACGGUCGCGUGCCAUUCUCUCACCCUGCCCUUGAAGGACUGGGUAACCUCUCCUCGACCACCAAGAGCUUCCUGACCGACCGCACGAAGAUGGCCGAGCUGGCGCGCAAGUACGAGAUGCAGAAGGUUGUCCGAUGGGAACCCCGCAAGCCCGACCAACUGAUUGCAUCUGGACUUGAGCUGGUUCUGGCGCACACCAUGUACGCGGUCAUUGGAGCAGUCGCAUUGGAGAAGGGAGGACACAUUGCCAACAAGCUGGCGCAGGAGCGGAUACUCGAGCCUUUGGGUAUCAAGUCCGUCUCCUCAUAA